UGCCUCGUUAUCCUCUUGCAGCGCCAUCGUCGCCGUGUAUCUCCCCUCGGCCGGCCAUAUCACUCUCUGCCCAUCCACGGGGGUUUAAUACACUUCCCCUGGAAAAGGAUUGAUGCUCUUUCUGCCUCUGACUCGAACACCCUUAGCCUCUUACUCAAACAUGUCGGGUUGCUAACAUACGCUGGCGCACGACUGGCCCUUUGCCUCUUGCUUUACUCUUACACUCUGCAUCGCCCUUACCUUGCUCAUAUCUGCACUGCGGUCACCGCCCUUUGCUAGUACUGCUUACUACUACUCUUUGCUCACAUCCGACAACCAUCAAUAACUGAUAACCCGCUGCGCACUUUCCACGCAUGCCGACCGCCUCGCAUCACCUCGCCGCAUCCCCAGCCCUGUAUCCAUCACUCGUCUCCCCCCGUCCUCCAACACCCAAGCACUCUCACUCUCUUCCUCCCCCUCAUCUAAAAUCGCCCAUGUCGAAAACCCGCCCUCCUACCCGUCCCACCACUCCCGUCUCCUUCUCCUUCUCCCCCACAGCCUCCUUCUCCCGCCCUAAAACGCCAAAACAGGUCCAGGACUUCAAGUACCGCGGAACGCCGAUUGUGCUGGACACGUGGAACCCUCAACCGCCGUUGUUCCCCACCUCUGGAUCCGACGCGGAUAGCCCAGGGGAAGACGAUGUUUUCGAAAGGGAGGCGAUGCGGAGGAUCGUGCAGUUGCUGUUCGAAGUCAAGGAAGUGACAUUCGACAAAGCCGUAGAGGGGACAUACAAUCAGAUAUACAUCUUCCGCCUGCGCACACGCGGCGAUCCGAAUAUCCCCACGAGCGUGCUGUGCAGGCUCUCAAGGCCCGAGAAAGUUCAGAGCUUGAUAAGCAUGCGCUCUGAGGUCGAGACGAUGCUCUACGUGCGAGACCGGAUGAGCGUGCCCAUCCCUCAGGUUUAUGGGUACUCUACCAGCCUCGCUUUGCUAGGCACGACGUUCAUCAUCAUGCAACAUGUCACGAACGCUGUCCCCCUUACACUCGCGCUUCCCACCCUGUCCCCGCUCGCCAAAGACGAACUCGCAAAACAAUACGCGCGCAUCAUCUUCCAGCUGUCUCAAAUGCGUUUCCUGCAUAUCGGCAGCGUGCGACAAGACAAGACGGCGGGAAACUUCGGGGUCGGCAGCAUGUCCCUCUUCCGUACGGAUCGGAUGGCGAGGAUGACGACUUCCUCUUACCGGAGCGUGAGGCGGAGUUUCCCGAGUGUGAGAGAGUGGGCAGAGGCGAUGGAGCGCUGGGAGAUGCGCUUUUUAGAAGAGCAUCCCGAGCUGGUGGAGGAGAGGUUCGAGCGCAGCGGAGACGCGGCGGUCAAGAGAGCUAACGAGGCCAUGUCGGGAAUCGUGCAUGCCUUGCCGCAUGUGGGCGCUCCGGACGCGGUGGGGAGGACGUUCUGUCUUUGGCACCCGGAACUGAACGCGACGAAUAUCAUGGUCCGUACACAAGGCCCCGAGGAAGGGCAGAUAGUAGCAAUCAUCGACUGGGAAGGAGCGGCCAUUCUCCCCCUAUACAUGCUAUGCAAACUUCCGGAUUUCUUCCCCUCCGACGCCGUCUCCGCCGCGCGGUUCGACAGCGUCUGCCUCUACGAGCUAGACAGGCUCGACCCGAAGCACCUGCUUUCCCAAGCUGCGGAUGGGAGGUACGAAGGGCAGCGGACGCUGGUGGAAGCGGUGCUAAAGCCGUGGUGGGAGUGGGAGGGGAGGGAGAGGUGGUUGGAGGAGUGGAGCAGGGGGAGGAACGCUGGCAAGGGAGUGCCGCUCACCACCGGGGUGGGGCGGAAGAUGCAGCGAAGCUGGACGAUAGGCUGGGGUGGGGGGUUGAAGAAGCGUAGUCAGACCAUGUGAGCACGUACCGGAUUUGAUCGAUGACCCGCCUAUGCACUAAGGUUGCACUCCUCUUUCUUCUCUUUCUCUUUCUAUGUAUCGGUGAGUACGAGUAUGCACUCGGAAUCGUACACGGUGUACUAGUAUUAUGGCGCUAGAGUUCCUGUCAGUAGUGAAAU